AAGUGAUUUGAGAAGACGCACCAUGUUGUUGUCUGUCGUCGGAAGACCUCUGAACAGUCUGAGGGUCUCCGGUGCGUUGACAAAAGCCACAGUCGCAAUGGCAGACGCUCUGGCCAAAAUCCCCGAUGUGGAGAUUGAUCCAGAGGGUACUUUUAAGUACAUACUGGUCAGAGUGAAAGUGAAAGAUGGCGAUGUGCAUAAAGACAUUGUCCGGGGCACAAAAAGUGCAGAAUAUCACAAUCACAUAUUUGAGAAGGUCAGUCCAGCUAUGGAGGCCUUGGGGAUGGAGUGUAAAUGCCUUGGAGGAGGGAAGAUAGAGCACAAGAGCCAAGAGAAAAAACUAAGGGUGUUUGGAGAAUCAACUGCCUUUGGCAAAGCAGACCAUUCUGUGUCUGUAGAGAAGUUGAAGAGUGCCUACAGCAACUAUGAAAUCACCUGGUCUGAUGACAAAAAAUAGAGUUUAAAGCUGUAUCCCAUCAUUAUCUGCCUUUAUUUAUCAGUUCCUAAAUGGGUUAAUGUUUUGACCCUUCUGUACAACCACCAUUUAAUUCAAAUACACUACUCUACAUUUAAUUUUAUGAUUUGGAUUCUUUGAAAUUAAAAAUGUUCCCAUAUUGACA